UGUGACUGGCAGGAAACCCCGUUGGUCCGAUAAUCCAAUUUUCGCCUGGAAAGUCUCCGACCAACUGCUAGUCUGAGGCCGUCGGCUUCCUCUGAAGCGCUUGGCUGUCCAUAAACUGCUAAAUGUUUGUUUUAUUCCUUUAUUUAUCGUACGGACAAGCAGGAAAAUAGAUAUUAAUCGAGGACAGAAGUAUCACAGUGGAGUUGAAAGGUCGAGGGAUACCCUCCUGUCGGAUCUGCGUCGGCACUGUGGCACAUUUGUUCAGUGUUUUAGCUCCAGAAGCUAGCAGUUGACGAGACUGGAAGCAUCGGCACGAGCUGAUUUGACUUAACUCCUAUGGAUCGCAAGAGAAUGAGCAUCUAAUCAACACUUGGUAACAUGGCCCUACUCUCGCCUUGACCUCUUGGUUCACCCAGGAUCCAAAAUGAGUGUAAGCAGUGAUGAGGUCAAUUUCCUGGUCUACAGAUACCUGCAGGAGUCAGGCUUCUCGCACUCAGCGUUCACCUUUGGCAUAGAGAGCCACAUCAGCCAGUCCAACAUCAACGGUGCUCUGGUGCCCCCUGCUGCCCUCAUCUCCAUCAUCCAGAAAGGCCUGCAGUAUGUGGAGGCUGAAGUCAGCAUCAAUGAGGACGGUACUCUGUUUGAUGGACGACCGAUCGAGUCGCUGUCGUUAAUCGAUGCAGUGAUGCCAGACGUGGUGCAGACGAGGCAGCAGGUGUAUAAGGAUAAACUGGCUCAGCAGCAAGCUGCCGCCGCCUCCAGCACCACAGCGGCCAAGAAUGGAGAGAACACAGCUAAUGGAGAGGAGAACGGAUCUCACACGCUGUCUAGUAAGCUCACGCCCCACGUUACUUUGUCAAAACUGUUGGAAUUGUUAAUAAGGAAUAUUAUUUAGUCCAUAACACGGUUGAACCUGUGACUUUACCAAAAACUAAAAAUUGUCACCAUUUACCCACCCUUUUCACAAUAUUAAUUAUUGAUGAUUAGCCAUUAAUCCCUGGUCAUUCUCAACUCUGGGUUUAAGUGAAUCUUGGGUUAUUGUUUUCAGUCUUAACCCUGGGUUAGGAAUUAAUCUUGGAUUGGCAGGUUGCGAGUUUACA